CUGUUUAGUGAGCCCUAGGGCCAAAGUAAUUCUUCGGAUUUUUUUUACUGGUCUAAUCUCAGCCUGUUUAACAAAUACCAUCUGCCACAGUUGAAAUUGUCUCAUAUGUACUAGUAUUCAGAUCAGAUCAGCUGUUUUCUUUUUGUUUUUGUCAACAAUAAAAAAUAAAAAGUAUGUUUUAAAAAUAUACUUUCACUCACUUUGUCGUUUGCUGAUAACAAAAGUUGUUAACCUUUGAAAUAUAUAUGGUAGUGGUACGUACGUUCUCUUUUGGAUUAAGCUAAGAAUAAGGAACUAGUUAUGAUUGUAUCUAAACAUAAAUUGAUUUUAGACCAAAACAUUGUUCGAAGAAUUUCGAAUAUAAUAAAAAAUACACCAGCAAUGUCUACAUUUGCAGGAAAAAAACUUUUUCAAAAUUCCUUAAAAUUACCUUCUCUUCCUGUUCCAAGUCUAAAUCAAACAAUUGAAAAAUAUGUUAAAACAGUGACCCCUUUUUUAACUGAAUCAGAAUUGUUGAAUACAAAAAAAUUGUUAAAAGAAUUUAGUGAUGAAGGAGGAACUGGAAAAAAGCUACAAAAGCUGCUUGUAGAAAGGGCACACCAACAUGAAAAUUGGCUGGAUGAAUGGUGGUUACAUACAGCCUAUUUGGAAUAUCGUGAUCCUGUAGUUGUUUUUUCGAGUCCUGGAUUAGUUUUUCCUUUUGAAGAAUUUAGUAAUGAAUCAGACAGACUGAAAUACACUGCUAGGCUAAUUUUAGCAGCUGUGCAAUAUUAUUUAAACAUAUGGAGUGAAAAACUUCCUUUAGAUAAAAUGGGCAAAGAUCCAUUAGACAUGAAUCAGUAUAAAAAAAUUUUUGGGACCUGCCGCAUUCCUCAACUGAAAAGAGAUGCAUUAGAAUUUAACCCAGAAUCAAAGCAUAUUAUCAUUGCCAGAAAUAAUAAUUUCUUCAGAUUAGAUAUUUUGAAUAAAAAUGGAGAACUACCUAGUGAAAAUGAAUUAAUUGAUGAACUGAGUAUUAUAAUUACAAAAUCAGAAGAUCCUGGUCCAUCAAUAGGAGUUCUAACUUCUGAAAAUAGGGACACUUGGAGUCAAGCCUAUGCAGAAUUAAUCAAAGGUGAAGAUGGGACUGUUGGUUUAACUUAUGAACACUCACCAAGCGAAGGUCAGCCUAUAGCUGUAAUGACAGACUUUCUAAUUGAUUAUAUCAAAAAUAAUGGUUCAAAAGAUUUACAUGACACCAAAAUCGAAACAGAACCAAGGAAACUAGAAUUUAAUAUCAGCGAUUCUCUUCAAAAAUAUAUUCAGCAAGCAAAUGUGAACAUUGAUAAAUUAGCAGAUAAUUUAGAUUUGGACGCUUUCCAGUUUACUUCUUUUGGAAAGGAAUUCGUCAAGUCACAAAAAAUGAGCCCAGACAGCUAUAUACAAAUUGCUAUGCAGUACGCUUUCUACAGAAUUCACCAAACUCCUGGUGCACAUUACGAAUCAGCAGCUACUAGAAAAUAUAUUCACGGUAGAACUGAAACGAUACGAUCUUGCUCGAUAGAGUCAAUAGCGUUCGCAAAAGCUAUGUUAGACAAUAACAAGUCCAUCAAUGAAAAAGUAGCAGCUCUAAAAGAGGCGAUAGCAUCUCACAAAAAAUAUUCUUUAGAGGCUGUAAAUGGUUUUGGAGUAGACCGCCAUCUUCUCGGUUUGAAAUUAAUUGCUCUGGAAAACAACAUUGAACUACCAGCCGUUUAUAAAGACAAAGCUUACAUUCUAAGCAGCCGUAUGCGUAUCUCAACAAGUCAGGUAGCCACAAAAUGUGAUGGUUUCAUGUGCUAUGGACCAUUGACGCCCGAUGGUUAUGGCUGUUGCUAUAAUCCCAGACCUUACGAUAUUAAUUUUGCAGUGUCUGCUUUUGUCGAACACCCAGAUACUACUGCCAAGAAAUUCAGAGAAUCUUUAGAAGCUAGCCUUAAAGACAUGCAUGACAUAUUAGUUUUUACACAAAAAGCAAAGUUGUAAUUUUUUUACUUUUUUUAAGAUUUUACUAGUUGAUAAAUACGAAAUAUGAGUGGAGGACCAGUGGUUCCCAAACGAUGUUGUUGAAUCGCAAGUAUUUCCAAUGCCCUUUAUGUGAAAUUAAGAGAUUUUUUACUCGUUUAGACAUCCCUCUGCUUUCAGGCAAAUUAGACUGCGCCAGUUGUACACUACUUUAAUGAAACCGAGUUUAUUACAUAAUUGAAAAUAGUAAUCGACUAAAAGUUUUGUAUAUUUUUCCAGCUGCUUUGUAAGGAAGCUGCGGCUUAACAGGGCCGCUAUUUGUACUCUUUGAGAACCACUGGGCCAAAACAUUUGAUUUUGGUUAUACUUACUGAUAAAUAAAAUAACCCAUUUAGCAACUACUUAAACUUAGCAAAAUGUGUUAUUAGAGAUAAAAAAAAAUUAAAUUUACUUUUAUAACAGUAUUGUUAAUAUCGUCGGCUUAAAGUGUUAACCUGCUUAGUCCAUUUUGACCAUUUUACAGGAGAGGUAAAAAACAAUUUUUAAGGUUAUUCUUGAUAAAU